GAGUUGCAGUGUUCAGUUAUAGGCAGACUCAUUCACGUACAGACACACACACAUUGCACACACUGCAUUAGAACGCCAAGCCAGAAGUCUGCUGACAUUUUCUUUAUAGCUCAUCAUUUGGGGAAUCUCUUCUAUUUUCCUGUCCUGAUAUUUUACUUUAAACAGCUGUUGUAUUUCCACAAUGGAUCUUGGAAGAAGGUUGAACAGAGGCGCAAAUAUCACAUUUAUUAAUCCCUGGAUUAAGUACUAUCUAUUUUUCUUCAGUUUCUUGUUCUGGAUCAUCUCACUGGUGAUUGUUGCCAUUGGAGUGUAUGCAAAGAUUCAAAAAGCCACAGAUGCCGUGCGGGAUACCUUUGUCAUUGACCCUGCGAUAAUUAUGAUUGUGGUUGGAGCUGUUAUGUUUUUAAUUACAUUCUGUGGCUGCAUUGGGGCUCUGCGAGAAAACAUUGUGCUGCUGCAAGUGUUUUCGGUGAGCUUGACCAUCCUAUUCUUGGUACAGUUGGCUGUCGGAGUCCUGGGAUUCGUCUAUUCAGACAAGGCUGAAGACACAGUGAAUAAAUUUAUCAAGAAAGCCAUUGUCCAUUACAGAGAUGACAUUGACCUGCAGAAUCUGAUUGACUACAUUCAGAGAGAGUUUCAAUGCUGUGGUUGGAACAGCUACAAAGAUUGGUCAAAGAACAUGUAUUUCAAUUGUACCCCUAACAAUCCCAGCCCUGAACGCUGUGGUGUGCCUUACUCCUGCUGUACACUGAUACCUGGUGAGGCAGUGAUCAAUACGAUGUGCGGCUUUGGUAAACAAUCGCUAAACCAACUGGAAGCCUCUAAAUUCCUGCACCCGGUGGGCUGUGCUGACAAGGCAGCGAUCUGGAUAGAAAGUCACCUGGUGCUGGUGGGGGGCAUUGUCCUUGGGCUGGCACUGCCACAGAUCGGAGGAAUUGUGCUGUCUCGAAUGCUGAUUGGACAGAUAAAAGAGGAGAUUAAGUCUAUAUAAUGAUGGGAGCCUUGUCUAUGGAAAACAAAACCAAAGGCAAUGUCAUUCACUGAGCCUUAGCCAAGAUACAAAGACACCAAACUGGCUGAAAGAACAUUCAAGACUUUUUGUAUGAGAAACAACUUCAAAUGCUGUUCUUUUAUUUCUGAUCAACUGAGAUGGAGGAAUCCAAGAUGGUGUAUUGCCAGCCUCUGUCCUCAUCUUUCACUGAGAAUUGAACAGAGCCGAUACUGAGGAUCAGAGGGUCCUUUGCAGUCAGCCAAGUUCUCAGUCAACAUCCCCCGUCCCUCAAGUAGAAUUGAGUGAUCCUGCGUGCCGACACAAAAUUGAGAACAGUUCCAUCAUUUCCAACACUGAUUUCACAUUACAAAAGCAUGAGUAAACAGCUGAUAUAUUUAUCAGGCUAGAUCUGCAGUGUAAUUCACUUCAUGCUAGUCUGAAAAGAUAUGGAGUAAAAACUGCUUUCUCCAAGGAAUUGCACUCGCCUACCACAGAGAAGGGUACAUUAUACACACAGUGCUCUGGUUCCAUCACAUCCAUGGCCUGACCCCACCAACAUCUCUAUCCUGCCCCUAUGUAUUUACUAUGCUUUGUACAGUCCCUUUAGCUUUUGGUCUGCUCCCAAAUUGAAUGGUGACUGGUGAUGUGACCCUUGAGCUCCAAUUGCUCACCUUCCCCUGAAGUUUAUAGGCAUGCACUUUGCAAACUAACUAGUUGUGAGGGAGUAGCUAGAAAUGGGACCCUGAUAAGAUUGUGUUUUCUACCGCUCAGCUGGGAAGAAUGUGCUGACAAUCAAGCCCCAUUGUUCCACAAACUAUCACAAAUGUGUACCUACCUAAUUAAACCACCAAUUUGAACAAUUCCUAUGACGAUUGCUAUUCAGGAUGGAAGUAAUUCCAUAAGAAAUAGGAAUAGGAGAAGGCCAUUCAAACCCUCAAGCCUGCUGUGCCAUCCACUAGGAUCAUGGCUGAUCCAACAUUCCUCACAUCCACGUUACUGUCUUCUCCCCAUUACCCUGGAUUCCUGGACUGAUCAAUAAAUCUACGCAUUUCAGCCUUAAGCAUACACAAGGACUCUGCUCCCACCCCCCGCACCUCUUCAAAGAUUCUCAACUCUCUGAGAAGAGAAAUUCCUCCUAAGCUGAGUCUUGAAUUGGUGUCCCCAAAUUUUGAGACUAUGCUGUAUGGCCCUAGAGUCCCGAUGAGGGGAACAAUCCACUCAGCAUUUACCCUGCCAAGCCCAUCAUGAGUUCAGUUUGUUUUAGUGAGAUCACCUCUCAUUCCUCUAAAUUCCAAUGAGUAGAAUCCCAAGCUGUUUAAUCGUUGCUCAUAAGACAAUCACUUCAUACCAGGGAUCAUCCUAGUGAACUGCUGCUGAAUUGUGUCCAAUGAAACAACUAUCUUUCCUUAAACAAAGGAAUCAAAACUGCUCACAGUAGAAGCUAAGAGUCAUAGAGCUGUACAGCACAGAAAGAGACCCUUUGCUCUAACUUGUCCAUGCUGGCCAGGUAUCCUAAAUUAAUCUAGUCCCAUUUGCCAACAUUGGGCCCAUAUCCCUCGAAGCCCUUCCUAUUCAUGCACCCAUCCAGAUGCCUGUUAAAUGUUGUAAUUGUACCAGCCCCCAUCACUUCCUCUGGCAAUUUAUUCCAUAUACACACCACCCUCUGUGUGAAAACGUUUCCCCUUAGAUCCCUGUUAAAUCUUUCCCCUCUCAGCUUAAACCUAUGCCCUCUCGUUUUGGGCUCCUCUACCCUGGGAAAAAGACCUUGGCUACUUACCCUAUCCAUGCCCCUCAUGAUUUUAUGCACCUUCAUAAAAUCACCCCUCAGCUUCUGAUGCUCCAGGGAAAAUAGCACCAGCCGAUUAAACCUCUCCUAUAGCUCAAACCCUCCAACCCUGGCAACAUCCUUGUAAAUCUUUUCUGAACCCUUUCAAGUUUAAUGCCAGAUUUGGUCAUUAGUAGGAAAAUAACUCUAUAAUAAACAAACUUAUUCUUCAACAGAUGGCAGAGAGAAAAAGAUCAUGAGGAUGAUCCCUGGCAUGCCCUGUAAAAAAAAACUCUAACAAACAUACACACGCAACCACAUACACAAAAAAGACCAAUCAAAGACAGAUGGUUUGACAAAAAAAACUCACGGCUGGAAGUAUAAAGACAGGGAAAACAAAUUUUGUAGAUCCAAAGUCCAGAGCACAAGGUGGAGAGUUAUUUCUCACACUCCCUUUUUAUUUUAACAAUGAUGACAUGAGUUCAGGUGGUUCUAGGCCUUUUCUGGUGUCAGAUUUCUUUGUUUUUGAGUCUCAGGCAUGUUGGUAUUUCACACACAGAGAAGAGGAAGUGAAAUGUUUCCUGCUUGCUGACUUUGCAUGUUUCUGGUUGCACUGCGUUCAAAAGUCUAUAACAAACUGCAGGUGGACCAAUCUGAGGGCUGUUUUCAGACCAUUUUCCUCAACUCAAUAGUUCCUAGUGUCACCUUGUCUCAGUGAUGUAGCCAUCUUGCUUCCCCAAAGCAACGUAGUCUUUUACAGCUAAAAAUGUGCACUGUUUAAAUUUUAAGUUGCAAACCUACCUUGGUAUUUUAGCUAUAUAGCAGUGUCCAACUUUCUUUGCAGUUUAUUGCCCACAAGGGAAAAAUGUGGUCCCUUAGAGCCCCUCACUUAGAGUUGAUGGGUUUUGUAUUAGAUCAAGCUAAAAUCAGCUGAAGUUCUGCGGGUAGUACUCUAGAUUGGUGUCAGAGGUUUGGGGUUCACACCUAAGACUGUGCUGCACUGACAGAGUGCUGUACCGGGAGGGGAGUUAGUUUUUAUCUAAGACUUCAAGUCAUCUCACCUCUCAAGUGGACUCAGCACUGUCUCAAAGGAGAGUUCUCCUUCAAUCAACAUUAUUAAAGUAGAUUAUGUGGUCAUUAUCAUUGCUUUUUACGGGAGCUUUCUGUGCUCAAACUAGCCACCCUGCUUCCAACGUUACUUUGCCUUGGCUGUAAAAUACUUCAAGGCAUCCUGAUGUCCUGAAAGGGGCUACAGAAAAGCAAAUUUAGUAUUUAAUCCAGUACAAAUGAAAGGUGUGAAGGUAUAGUCUGUGCAUUUUACUGCAAAUAUCCAGUCAAUAAUUAGUGGCCUCUAAAUCAUUCAAAGAGGAAUCCAGUCACUAGUUAUCCACAGUAAAAGCACCAGAUGUUAAUCAGCACCUAAAAGUGAGAGGUAGGUUAAUGUUUUGGGAAUGUCUUUUCAACAGAAGCAACCACUCUGAAUCUCUGGCAUUUUCUGCAAUUUCCAGAUUUCAGCUGUACUUUUUCUUUAGCCUCUGCUACAUCAAGCUCUUAACGAUACUUCCCCGAAAAGUUUGACAAAAGUCGGCAUUUAAGGAAGGAACUGUUUCUCACUAGAACCAUAUAUGUGAAGCAAACUUGGUCAGAUAUCAUUGGGGUGUUACUCAGAUGGGUAAAGAAAUGGUGGUAUCUGCAAAUGAACAUCAUUGAAUAGAAUCAUAGAAACCCUACAGUGUGGAAGUAGACCAUUUGACACAUCAAGUCCAUACCAACUCUCCAAAGGACAUGUCGCCCAGAACCACCCAUCCCUACCCCAUCACUGUAACCCGGCAUUUUCCAUGGACAAUCCACCUAGCCCGCACAUCUUUGGACUGUGAAAGGAAACCGGAGCACCCAGAGGGAACCCAUUAUUAACCUAUUAAAUCAUUAGGAUUUAUUAAUGAUUGUUUACAAUUAUUUAUGUUUUAUUAACAUCACAGUAUUAAAGUAUUAAAAAACCAUUCACCCAGAGGACACACAGGGAGAAUGUGCAAACUCCACACAGACAGUUAUCUGAGGGUAGAAUCAAACCUGGGUCCAUGGUAUUAUUCUAUCUUAUGAAACAAGAUUAUUUUCCAGCCUGCUUUUCCAAACCUAAAGAGUCUGUGAACGGGAUUGGUUUCAGGCUGAGUAUUUCCAGUGUUUUUUUGUUUACGUUUGAGGCUACCAGCCUCUCUCUCUCCCUCUCACGGAUGUGAGCAUGUCUCCUAUAUAUUUUCACCUGUUCUGCACCGACACCAAAGACACAGUCUAUCCCUGAGCUUCCUGCAUGGGAAGGGCCUGUUAGAUAUUGAGUGUAUGGAUCAGAUCAGUGCUGACAGCAUGAGAUUCAACCCCCAUCAUGCCUGAGAUACACUCACAACUUGUCACCUCAACAUACCCAUUAUAAAAGCCAUGACACUUUGCUGCAGCAUGGCAAAUAAUUUUCCAUGACCUGCCUUCAGGUAGACAACUGAGAAAGAAGCUUCCUUCAGCUGGAUACAGAUGCUACAAUAUCAGACCCAUAGUGAUAGACUUCACUCUAUACCUGCCCAGAGAUUUGGCAACACAUUAAAGGGAAUUCCAGUAGCAAUUUGGUGACUGUCAGGAAUAUCCCACAUAAAAGCCCUUGGGCACUUUCCUUCAUCUUAGAGUAGUGUUAAUCUCUGGGGAGUUAAAUAGCUCAAUUGUAGAAAAUAAGAGUUGGCAAGUUGCUCUCUAAUGAUACAUUAUAAUUAAACAAAUUCCAGAGCCAAUGAUCGUAUAGGCCAACCCUAGCAAGGUGUCUACUUGUUUCCCUAUUACUGUCUGCUUGUCCCUAAUCUAAUGUACCACAGCUCCCUCUCUUCUCUCAAGAACUCAAGGUCGAGUCCCAUCUUAAAGGACUGUUUCCGACCCAUGCUUAACAUAUCCACUAGUGGUCUGUUGCAGGUAACACAGCAAAGGUGAGCAGGUCAGCAUUAGCAAUUGACAGCAUCUUGAGAGAAGCCACAAAGCCUACUAUUGAGGUCACAGCAAACCAGGCACCUCAAAUAACCUUAAACUUCAAAUAUCUAAAUGUCAGAAUAUUUAUGUUUUAAUAAACUAUUGAGUUCUGGAAAUUUUUCUUUCCAGGUUUUUGAGAUAAUUUAUAGUACAUUUUCUAUACCAGUUGCAAGCAUAAUUUCCUGGAGAUUUUUAUGUAAGAAGCAUUCUUUACAUGGUGAAAAACUGAAUCAACAGGAACUGGUUUGAUAUCGAAACUGGAUCCCUAAAGGAACAGGGGUACGAUUUUGAGUUUGGAAAUCAUUAGGAUUUAUUAAUGAUUGUUUACAAUUAUUUAUAUUUUAUUAAAGUCACAGUAUUAAAGUAUUAAAAAACCAUUCAAUGUUCAAACCACUGUAAU